AUGACGUUCUCGUACUUGUGCGUGGAAUUUUCUGUCGAUCGUGCCGGUGGGCCAGUCAAGCUGGCGCCACACAAGAAGAAGGAGAAGACGAGGGCUCUUUCAUCGUCAACCAUGAUACCACUUCAGUUGGACGGACCAAUGGUUUUCGUCAUUGAACCACUAUCCCCUGAUAACAGCCAUGACUUCAGAAAAAUGUCAAUUUUCAAAAUUAGUAAAUAUUUCCAAAACAAUAUAGGCAAACUGAAUUUCAUUAAAAUUCAACAGAACAGAAUCUUAAUUAAAAUAAAAGGGAUACAUAAUAACUUAAAUGAUAACAAUGGUAAGAAAAUAACUCUGAUAUGGAUACCCAGUCACAUAGAAAUUCAGGGUAAUGAGGAAGUCGAUCAACUGGCAUCACAAGCUCACAAUAUUCCAAUAUCAAAUCUUCCCAUCCCACACAAUGAUUUAAGAUUUUGGACAAAAAAGAUUAAAAAUAGGCCAUUCAAGUUUGACUCAUUCCUGGAUUCUCAACAAAACAAAUUCGCCUACAUGCAACUCUUGUAA